CCCGGCCCCCGGCCCCCCCGGACCCCGGCCACUAUAACUCGGCAGCGCCCAUGGCAGCGCGGCCCCAGCCGGGCAGCCCAGCGCAGCCCGGGCCCGGCAUCCCGGCAGAAAAAUCCCCUCGGAGCAAACAGCGAGCACAACAACCUGCACUGCCCUGCCCACCCUCCUGAAGACAACUUUUGUGGGGAGGCAGUCCUGUCCCGUCUGGGUGGCGCAGGGGCAGCUCGUGGACUGCAGGUCACCCUCUGCCAUCAUGUUGGAGAAAGAGCCCCCCAACUCCAGCGAAGGCCAGCAGGGCUGGUUCUCAGCCAGGAACGGCAGUGGCAGCUCCCUGGACCUGGAGUCCGUGGUGCAGCCCCUCGCCCUGAACCCGUGGGACGUUGUCCUCUGCGUCUCGGGGACCGUCAUCUCCUGUGAGAACGCCAUCGUGGUGGUGGUCAUCUUCUACACCCCGGCCUUCCACGCCCCCAUGUUCCUCCUGAUCGGCAGCUUGGCCACAGCCGACCUGCUGGCAGGUCUGGGGCUGAUCCUGCACUUUGCCUUCGUGUACUUCAUCCCGUCGGAGGCGGUCAGCCUGCUCACCGUGGGGCUGCUGGUCACCUCCUUCACGGCCAGCGUCGGCAGCCUGCUGGCCAUCACCAUCGACCGCUACCUGUCCCUCUGCAACGCCCUGACCUACUACUCGGACAGGACGGUCACCAGGACUUACAUCAUGCUGAUCCUCACCUGGGGAGCCUCCAUCUGCUACGGGCUGCUGCCCGUGCUGGGCUGGAACUGCCUGCAGGAGCCCUCGGCCUGCAGCAUCGUGCGGCCGCUGACCAGGAGCCACCUGGCGCUGCUGUCCGUGUCGUUCCUGGCGGUGUUCGCGGUCAUGCUCCAGCUCUACGUGCAGAUCUGUCGCAUCGUGUGCCGGCACGCCCAGCAGAUCGCCGUGCAGCGGCACUUGCUGGCCAGCUCCCACGAUGUCACCACCCGCAAGGGCAUCGCCACCCUGGCCGUCAUCCUGGGCACCUUCGCGUCCUGCUGGCUGCCCUUCGCCGUGUACGGGCUGCUGGGCGACGCCAGCUCCCCGGCCCUCUACACCUACGCCACGCUGCUGCCCGCCACCUACAACUCGCUGCUGAACCCCGUCAUCUACGCCUUCCGGAACCAGGAGAUCCAGAAAGUGCUGUGGGCCGUGUGCUGCGGCUGCUUCUCCUCCGCGCUGCCUUUCCGCUCCCGCUCCCCCAGUGACGUCUGAGGUGCCCCCCCCGCAUCUCUCACUCACCCAUGGCAGGGGGGUGUGCUCGGUUCUCCCUUUUCAUUCCCAGAGGCACAUUGCAGGAGCUCCUGGAACCAGGCAGCUCUUCCCAGCCUCAUCCUUUUGGGCACAACCCCUUCUUUUCCUCUAUUUUUCCACUUUUUGAAUAGAGAGAAAAACGUAUUUUUUAUCCAUAAUAUAAUCUAUAUUUAUGAGUGAGAGAGAGGGGGGACAUCCUCAUAUUUUCUUUAAAACUAUUUAUGAUGCUUUAUUUUUUUAAGGGCGAGGAAACACCAGGAACGUUCAUCCCUCUCUUGUUUUUUUUACUACCUUGUUAUUUACCUCAGAUAGCCAAAAUAUAUUUUGUACAUUUGGGUAGGGGAGGAGAGACUCGUUGUCAGAGGAGAAGGGACUCAACACCCCCUGCUCCCCCCGCCCCCUUCACCUGGCCAUCCAUCCAUUUAUUUAUUUAUUGGUAUUUUGGUAUUUUAAUUAUUAUUUUAUUUGAUUUCCAUGCCUCCCUCCCGCCGCCCAGCGCUGGGCCCUGCUGCCCUCUAGUGCUCGCUGCCUUCAGGAGGGGCUGCCGGAGGCUCUGCGCCCCCAAACCCACAACUUCUGGGGUUCCCUGUGUGCUGGACCCCCUCACGGCACCCAGGGCUCCCCCUGCCAAAGCCUUUCUUUGCACUGGGGUUGGGUUUGCACAUUUCUGGGCUGGGGAAUGGAUGAGAAGGGGACCCUGGGAUGGGAUCCCCGGGAUGGGAUCCCUGGGAUGGGAUCCCUGGGAUGGGAUCCAUCAGGACAGGACCCCUCUGGGUCAGGGUGGGGGGAGCUUCUUGUUUACAAGUCUGGUAGGGGAAUAAAUUAAUUUGUGGUA